AGUGGCGUCCUGUGCGCGCGCGCGCGUUUCGCCUGAGUGUGUGCGUGCGUGCGUGGGUUUUCGCAGACGGGAAUAAUGCGCCAGAGGAAGUGCGCCCGAUGUCCGUCUGCGCGUCCCGACUUCCUGCUCUGUGGGUAAGCAAAGCACAGAGCAGAGCCGCGGAUCCGCUUUCGCGCACAGCGGCAUGGAGCCACAACACAACAAGACACACAGCCUGCUUUAAAAGACUUUACGCGCAUCCGGGCGGACCGAAAGAAGAGGAUCAGCCGUGCCAUAAACAAGGUUGUUGUACCUUCCAGAUUGCUGCCAUCAUGGAGAGCUCCAGUACACUGUGGCAGUUCCUCCUGCAGCUGCUGCUUGACCAAAGCCACAAACAUCUCAUCUGCUGGACGUCGGAUGACGGCGAGUUCAAGCUGCUCAAGUCGGAGGAGGUGGCCAAGCUGUGGGGCCUGCGAAAGAACAAGAGCAACAUGAACUAUGACAAGUUGAGCCGGGCCCUGCGCUACUACUACGACAAAAAUAUCAUCAAGAAGGUGAUCGGCCAGAAGUUUGUGUACAAGUUUGUGUAUUUCCCCGACAUUCUGAAGAUGGACCCGGCUGCCGUGGAGGCCGGCCGGCGGACCGAAGACUGCAGAAGUGCGCCGUCGGAAGCUGAGGACGAAGAUGGGAGGCACCGAUACCUCCACACCGGCUCUCUACGUCACACCCUAGAAAGAGCCCACUCCAUUAAGAGAGACAUCAGAUAUGAUCGCCAUGACGACAGCUCCACAGUCAUCCGAUUCGUCACUAACCGUGGCCAUUCCUCUCACCCUUCUGUGACUGAAAACUCCCCGGCUCGCUCGUCCUCGCCACAGAGUCCCGUCUUUGCAGUGACUGAUGAAUCCGAACAGGGCGAUGUGCCUUUAAACCUGUCAUCGGGUCAGAGGGAACGAGAGCGUUCCAAGUUCAGGAAACCCAAAGACCUGGAAAUUUCAUCCUCGUCCCACCUCGUGACAGGAAAUGACCUUGUCUCUAUUGCCCUGAAAAGUCCAGCACUUCCCUCUGGCUCCUUGACUCCAGCUUUCCUGACUACACAGACGCCAUCUGGUCUACUGCUCACCCCCAAUCCGCUGCUGUCCAACGUCCACUUCUGGUCCAAUUUAAGUCCGGUAGGACCUCCAAGCCCAGCCCAGCUGCAGAGCCAUCCCACCUUCCAGUUCCCAACCUUGCUGAAUGGAGCCAUUCCACUGCCUUGGCACAAUGCGGACAUUUCUUCUUCUUUGCUGAUCUCCUCCCACAAGUCUUGUUAAUGUAGACCUGGGCCAAUCAGCCUUUU